ACCGACCCAAAACUUCCUUCCCAUUCGUUUCCACCAUUUCUUUUUCUCUCGCAGCCCCCCCCCACCUCACCCCUCUCUCUUUCCGCUUUUCUCCCAAUCAAACCCUAACCCUAAAAAAAUCCCCAAUUUCACAACUCUAAUUUUUCUCAUUUUUUCAUCAAAUUGACCCUCAAUUUCUCAAUCUAAACCCCAUAAAAUCCUAUCCAGUCCUUUUUUUAAAGCAAGCCAUGGAUUCUAGCUCGAUUUCACUAUAAUGAUAAUCAAAAUAGUGGUGCUAGGUUUUUCAAGGGACGGAUUGCAUGGGCUUAAUCAGCAAUGCCUGAGCUUAGAAGAAAUCGCGCAAGGUUAGCGCGAAAUCAACAACAACAGAAGCAAACAGACCCUCCAGUUGCGAGAAAUUACGUGAAGACCCGUGCUGCUGUAGCUAGAGAAGCGAAGAAGAGACCGAGGACAAGAUUGGAAGCGAAAAGGUUGAAAGAGAAGGAAGAAGAAGGUGAUAAUAGUAAUAGGAAUAGGAAUAGUAAUAGUAAUAGAAGAGUUGAGGAGGAGGAGGAGGGUAAAAGGGUAAUUUUGAUAUCAGAGAGUGAUAAGAAAGGAAAGAAUUUGCUAGUUGAUAUUGAAGAAGAAGAGAAAGUUGAAAAAUUGAAAGGUCCAAUGGCUGAUGAUAGUGGAGGUUUAAGUGCUAAUAAAGCUGGUGGCCAAGAAGAAGAGGGGAACAAUGCUCCUUUCCCUGAUAAGGUUCAAGUGGGAGGGUCACCUUUAUAUAGGAUAGAAAGGAAGUUGGGGAAAGGUGGUUUUGGUCAGGUGUUUGUUGGUCGUCGUGCUAAUGGUGGAAAUGAACGUGCGACGGGUUCUGGUGCCCUGGAGGUGGCCCUGAAAUUUGAGCACAGAAACAGCAAAGGCUGUAAUUAUGGCCCUCCGUAUGAAUGGCAAGUUUACAACACACUUGGUGGUAGUCAUGGUGUGCCAAGAGUACACUAUAAAGGAAGGCAAGGAGACUAUUAUGUAAUGGUUAUGGACAUGUUGGGCCCUAGCCUCUGGGAUGUAUGGAAUUCUUCUGGGCAGACGAUGUCCUCAGAAAUGGUAGCUUGUAUUGCAGCUGAGUCUCUCUCAAUUUUGGAGAAGAUGCACUCAAGAGGCUAUGUGCAUGGAGAUGUAAAGCCUGAAAACUUUUUACUUGGUCAGCCAUCUACACCUCAAGAGAAGAAGUUAUUUCUUGUUGACCUUGGAUUAGCAACAAAGUGGAAAGACAGCAGUACUGGACAACAUGUUGAAUAUGAUCAGCGCCCUGAUAUGUUUAGGGGAACUGUUCGAUAUGCUAGUGUUCAUGCUCAUUUGGGAAGAACUGCCAGUAGGAGAGAUGAUCUUGAAUCUCUUGCUUAUACACUCAUCUUCCUUCACAAAGGCAGAUUGCCAUGGCAGGGCUACCAGGGUGACAAUAAGUCCUUCUUGGUUUGCAAAAAGAAGAUGGCAACAUCUCCAGAGAUGCUGUGCUGCUUCUGUCCUCCUCCUUUCAGACAGUUUUUUGAAAUCGUGGUGAAUAUGAAAUUUGACGAGGAGCCCAACUAUUCAAAGUUAAUAUCUUUGUUUGAGAGCUUGAUAGGACCAAAUCCAGCUAUAAGACCAAUAAACACAGAGGGUGCUCAAAAGAUCAUUUGUCAAGUUGGUCAAAAACGUGGUAGGCUGAAUAUCGAGGAGGAAGAAGAUGAUGGGCAACCUAAGAAGAAAGUCCGUCUUGGAGUUCCUGCUACACAAUGGAUUUCUAUUUACAACGCUAAGCCACCAAUGAAACAGAGGUACCAUUAUAAUGUUGCUGAUGGAAGGCUGGGUCAACAUGUGGAGAGAGGAAUUGCUGAUGGUCUGCUUAUAAGCUGUGUUGCAUCUUCUUCCAAUCUUUGGGCAUUAAUAAUGGAUGCUGGAACUAAUUUUACAAGCCAAGUUUAUGAACUAUCACCUUUUUUCUUACACAAGGAAUGGAUAAUGGAACAAUGGGAGAAGAACUAUUACAUCAGUUCCAUCGCUGGUUCUAACAAUGGAAGCUCUCUCGUGGUGAUGUCCAAAGGCACUCAAUACACUCAACAGUCUUACAAAGUAAGCGAUUCUUUUCCCUUUAAGUGGAUAAACAAGAAGUGGAGAGAAGGGUUUUAUGUGACUUCAAUGGCUACUGCUGGAACCCGCUGGGGUGUUGUCAUGUCACGCAAUGCAGGCUUCAGUGAUCAGGUUGUGGAGCUUGAUUUUCUGUAUCCAAGUGAGGGCAUUCACAGAAGGUGGGAUACUGGCUUUAGAAUUACAUCAACUGCUGCAACCUUUGAUCAAGCUGCUCUCAUCUUGAGUGUCCCUAAGCGCAAACCUGGAGAUGAAACCCAGGAAACUUUACGCACAUCUCAAUUUCCAAGCACUCAUGUUAAGGAAAAGUGGGCGAAGAACCUCUAUCUUGCGUGUUUGUGCUAUGGGAGGACUGUUUCUUAAAAUAUCAAAAUUGCAGGGAGCAAGAAAAAAAACAAAAAGGAUCUUGUUGAUUCUCGCCCUCCCGGCCUCAUAUUUAGUUUCUCAUGUUAAUUGUACAAAUUGGAGUAAGAGAGCUCUAGCUGCAGCAACAGAGAAUUGCAGUUUUGUGUAUGAUUAAUAUUAAUGAUGUUGAUGCUGUAAAUUUAGCUCUUAUGCAGAAGGUUUUAGUUUGCACUUCUGUAGUGCCUUUGAUUUUA